AUGUUGAGCAGGAAGGAGACAUCUUUGCAGCAGGAACAGCUCAAAGCAGCUGUAUACCGAGUGGCGUUGAUGACGUGCAGAAGAAAUCUCGAGAAAGCUGUAAGAGAGUUGGUGAAUCUACAUGCAUUCAACGAGACUUACAUCGGUACAGAGCCGUAUGGCCCUGUCGAGCGUACGCCGGAUGUCGAAUUGGGCGAAUUGGACCAAGAUCCUACACUGCGGGCGCGGUGGCGCAAAGCCCAAAGGGACCUGGCGACGGCAGAGAACGCCCUUGAGCAGCACGAGGGUCGCAAUGCCGAUUUUACUGCCUGGACCAAAGAAGCUACCGCCGCCAGGAAUCAAGGAGUGGCCGGGCCACAGGUUGAGUCCUUCAGGGACGAGAGGCUGAAGAAGCACAGAGCACUUUACGAACACUUGCAAGAUGCGAGACAAACCUUCCAACAAGUGCGAGACGAAGCUAUGGCUGCUUGUUUCGACCCGAUUACCGUUGUCAAGCAGCGCCCGCGCGCCACAAAGGCCAAGCUGAGAGGUGAAGUGUUUGUCGACGCAGAUAUAGACGAGUUCUUGUUCCACCCUAUGGACGGCAUGACGGACACAGAAGGUACCGAAGAAGAAGACAUCAGAGACGAAGACGCCAGAAGGUAUCGUCCGAGACAUCCAGCGUGGGACGCCAACAUCGUACGACAGUCUGGCGCAGUGUCUUCGCCCGCGUCUCAAGCUUCAAUAGACCGCAGGAAAGUGGAUGUGAUUCGAGAUCGUGGCGCUGUGUGGGACUGCGAGUCCGUGGCGCUAGGUGAGAGCCGCAGCAUGAUCUGCCAAGCGCAUUACGGUGGCGCCUUUCAGACAACGCUGAGGAAGGCGAAGAUCAAGGCCUGGCGUGAGGUCUGCGAGGCACAUCGAGCGGCUCAUGAAGGCCAUUAUCCAAGCAUAGAGGAUGGCACGGGAGCCGCAUCUGCUGAUCAACAUGCCUCCUUUCGAUGA